CUGCAGAGGCAUUCCAGCUCUCCAUCUCUUCGUCUGAUACCCGCCGGAUUGCUCAGGCUCCUCUUCCUCCAUCCCAGCCUUUCUGCCUAUACCUCGUUGGCAUGUUUUGCUUCUGCCUGCAGAGCUCUCUGUUGAAGCUCCAGGCUUUGGAGGAGGAUGCCAGCUCGCCGCCGGAUUCUUCUCCCGAUGAAAGCCCAACCGGCAUGGGUGGCAGGGACGAGACACCACUCCCCUCACGCGGCAGCCUGCGGGAUGAGAACAACCCUCAAGAUCGUAGGCAGUCUGAAAGUGACUACAGCAGUGAACUCCAGCAGAACCCUGGUCCCAGUCGGCUCAUCUCUUACAUUACAGAUGGGAACAGCCCUUUACUCUCACCACGCUGCGCCAGCCUCAGCCUCAGCCAGCGCUUCAACACCGACCCUGAGAGUGCACCAUCACCUCCCUGCACACAGCAUCUCAUCCUGCCUCGUUGGAUGGUCAGACCGGAGACGUCUGAUGAUGAUAAAGACACACAAUCUAUUCCAUUACUCACUAAACACAUCCAGACGCUGAAGAGAAGGAUACGCAAGUUUGAAGAACGCUUCGAACAAGAAAUGAACUACAAGCCCUCCCAUAAUGACAAGACUGCUAAUCCAGAGAUAUUCCAGCUCAUGAGUGAACUGGCCAAGUCUCGCAAGCAGCUCAAAGAUCUGAAGCUGAGGCAGUCAGUGGAGGAAUCACGAGGCCAAGAGAACGACCAGCCCACAGGCACGUGUAGAUACUCAAACGGCCAGCAUGAGGCGCCCGAGCAACAGCAGCAGCAGCACAAGCCCUCUCUGGAGGAGACGGUGGACAUGCUGCUGAAGCGACUGAGGGAGAAACGCCAGGCCCUUGGCCUCCCAGACAACAUGAAGGAGAUGACCCAGAGGCAGAUGGCGCUGGAGAAACUCACACUGCAGAAAUGCCUGCUGUAUUUCGAAAGUCUACACGGGCGCCCUGACACCAAGCAGGAGAGAAACCUUGUGAAGCCACUCUAUGACAGAUACCAGAUGGUCAAGCACCUGCUGUGUACCACUCCCACCAUAACCACCAUCGAGGAAGAGGAAGGGUCUGAUGAAGAGUACGUGCAGCAAAGUCAGCCCCCGCGGCAAGCAACCCCAGAAUCAAUGGAGGAAGAUGAAGAAGGGGACAGCGACACAGCAUUUGUCUCUCCUCUGGAUGAGGUGAAAGCGGUUCGACAGCCUGUGCUCAACAUGUCCAACCUCCACGCUGCUUCAAGAUCUGAGCUGCUGCGGUUUCUGCGCGAGACCCGUGCGGAGAAGAAGAGGAGACGGAAAGCCAUCAGGGAGUUCGAGGAGCAGUUCUUCAGACAGAUGGGCAGGACUGCACAGAAGGAUGACCGGAUUCCAAUGACAGAAGAAUACCAAGAGUACAAAAGCCUGAAAGCCAAACUGCGCUUGCUGGAGGUUCUGCUUAACAAACAGGAAACCACAUAG